UUAUUAUUUACGUUUUGUUCGGAGUAAGAGCGUGUAUAUCUAUUAAAAUACGGCUGAAUUUAUUAAAAUUAUUGUUGAACGGAAUUACGGGCAUGGAGGAUCUGGAAAAUUUACUCUACGAAUACCUUUUGGUACCGAAACAUGUGCCGGAAAGCGAGAAGGGCGCCGCCCGCGAAGAAAUGAGAAAAUCCUUUGAGAAUUUAAAAAACAUGCUGCUCAAUGAGGAAACUUGGAACAUUUUCCUGGCAGAUCAGUACGACAUCGGUACUUUAAAGACAAAACUUAAUUCGAAGAGUGACGAGGAACGGUCUGACAUUUUUAUGUUUGGCAUGUCCUGUUUAAUAACAUUCACCCAAGCAAAUUUUACUGGUCCCGAUCUAUGCGAAAAAGUUGAAAAUUUUUUGAAAAAAGAUAUGUUCCAGAAUCUGGAUUUUAACAAGAUGUUAAGCUAUAACAAUGAGGAAAUCAAUUGCCAAACUAAAUAUCCACAACUUUUGGUCACAGCAAAAAUAAUUUUUGAAUGGUGUAUCGUAAACAGCAUAGUAAACAUUUGGUGGUACUGGAGAGCCCUGUAUUUGCACCAGCAUGUGUUGGACGAGUUAAGCCCUUCCCUACUGUCAGAUGCUGAUAGACUUUAUAAGUUAUUACAAGUUAAUUUUAGCCCAAAAGAAUCUAUUAAGGCUGCUUUGGAUAUUGAAGUUGCCCAACUUUAUAUUCUCUUUAGACAUGUAGGGAAAGCUAAAGAGCACAUUAACUCCGCUGUAGAGGCUUUAAAUUUGAAAUAUGACUUUGUGGGAAUCUUAGGCAAGAGGACAAAGUUUCAGGAGAAAGCUGUUGCACAGUUAGCAAUAAAAGUGAAUAUCAAUGAUGAAAUUAUGGCAGGUAUAUCAGUAGUUCCCCCAGUAACAGACACAGACACAAUAUUAAGCACGGACGAGUCUGAAUUUCCAAAAGACCUUCCACUAAAUGAUGAUGUGAUACUUGACAAUGUGGAAUUGCAAGCCGACGUCAAUGAAAACGUCGUUUUAUCGAAUUUGCCUCAAAAACUGUUUUUAACAGUUGUUCAGGAGGUGUUAAUAGCAAAACCCUCUAGCGACUUGGAAAAUGAAAGCAUGUUGCCAUUUUUGGAGUUGAUUUUAGGUCAAAAGAACACUUUCUGCGUUAAAGUUGUUGCUCUAUUGUUAAGAUCUAGACUAGAAUCAAAAAGCCAAAGAACAGUAGAAAGAUCCUUAAGACAAUGUGAAGAAGUUUUAGAUGCCUUUAAAAAGGAGAAACCCGAACCGUUCGAUAGAUUUAUUGACGUUUUUGGAUGUGGUUUGCAAGCUUCUUGGAAGAUUAAUAACCAAUAUGCAGAUCUCCUGUUGAACAUUGGUUUACCCAAAAAUGCCCUGGACAUAUAUUUGAACUUGCAGCUCUGGGAAGAAGUUAUUGUUUGCUACACUUUACUGAAACUGAGGCAUAAAGCUGCUGAAAUUAUUACUCAACAGUUAGAAAUUAAGCCAACAGUUAAACUGUGGUGCCUUUUAGGUGACGCGACAGACGACGUGAGUUGCUACGAGAAAGCGUGGGAACUAUCGAAAAGGCGAAGCCACAGGGCCCAAAGACACUGGGGCAACUUUUUAUACAACCACGAGAAUUACGCCGAAUGUAUACCGCACUUUGAGAAAAGCGUUUCGAUAAACCCUUUACAGGCCAGUGUCUGGUUUAGGCUUGGUUUCGCUGCCCACAAAACCGAUAACUGGCAAGUGGCAGCAACCGCUUAUAAACGCUACACCACUUUGGAACCGGACAGUUUUGAGGCUUGGAACAAUUUGGCCCAGGCAUAUUUGAAAAUCGGUAAUAAAAGGAGCGCCCAUCAGGCCCUUUUGGAGGCCCUUAAAUGCAAUUAUGAUAAUUGGAAGGUAUGGGAAAAUUUCCUUGUAGUAAGUUCUGAUAUUUCAAUGUAUUCGGACGUCAUCCGGUCCUACCAUCGACUAUUGGAUUUAAAAGAGAAAUAUUUGAACGUCAAUGUGCUGGGAGAGUUGGUGUGUGAUGUCAUUGAUGACACGAUAGAUUGCGAAGGGUUGCCGGCGGCGAGAUUUUUGCAGAAAACCAGGGAAUUACUAGGUCGUGUAGUAUCUAUACAUCCAGGUGAGGGUCCCGUGUGGGAUUUAUACGCUAAACUCGCUCCGAACAUUGUCCUAAAAACGCAACGACUCCAACGGGCUUUCAAAGCCUACACCAGAGACAACCAGUGGUUCAAAGACCUGAAGAUUUGCAACCAAGUACUUUACCUGUGCUUUGAACUGGGCGAUAUCGCUCUCAUGCCCGAAGUCGAGCCCAAAAAUCCAGUGGUGCACUCGAUAAAAUUAAAUAUUACCGCCGCGAUGUCCGCUAUUAGGAAAGAAGACUUUUUGGAUAACAAGGAACCGCUGGACAGGCUAUGCAUUAUUACGGGACGUAUUUUACAAAAAAUCCACGGGGGGAAAUAGCAGUUAAGUAGAAAUCUUCCUCGAAGAACUUAUUGCCAUCGGAUUGGUUUUUAACUUGUUCCUGGUUUGAGUACAUGUACGCCACCUGUUGCGAAGAAGUCGCCUCUUCCACGGUUUUAUCGUCUCGUAUUCUGAUAAAUCGGGGGAACCUUAGGGAUAUGCCCUUUUCUGGAUCAACCUAGGGAAAGAAUGUAACUUGAAAUUAACCGGAGAAAUAUCUAAAGUUAAAAAGUUAUUGUUUUAUUUGCUGAUUGUAUAUAAAUGAUAUGGUGAAAGUGAUUAAAAAGUG